GAAGCUGUCCGCGGUGCUGAAGAGGCGGCGGCGGCGGCGGCGGAGGCGGCAGGGACCCGGGGCCGGGAGCAGAGGCGCCCUUCUGGGAGCUUCACCGAAGCCGCGAGGCGGGGGCGCCGUCGCUCACCGGCUUAUGCCGGGCCCCCCAAGCCCCGCGGAGGAGGUGGGACUGCCCUCUGCGGGACAGGGCAGGCGUUUUCUCCACCAGUUGUAAGCUCUGGAAGACAAAGUGUGCAUCUUUCUUCCUCUCCCCGCUUCCUGCCCUUCUCACCAUCGCAUCCCCAGCAUCUGUCCAGUGCCCGGCCAUCAUUGAUGCUCAAUAACUAUGUGUUGAAUGGAUAAAUGAAUGAACCAACUCUAUGAGCAGGCUCUCUGAGGACUGCUCAGCUGGCCACCAAGUCCUGGGGCUCUGGGACUCUCCUCCCCAGAGCUGCCCCCAGAACCAUGGAGAGUCUGAGUGAGCUACAGAACCCACUGCUGCCUCGGAACCCCGCACACCUCCAUGGCUCCUAUCCCUACCCCGAGGCUUCUCCCGCCUGGCCGUGCCGGGAGAAGAUCUACUCCUACCUCCUGGGUGGUGCUGGCCCUGCUCACGCCCACCAGCUCCUGGACCCAGGAUCCCUGCAGCUGGCCGUGGAGGCCUGGUACAGGCCCAACUGCCUCCUGGGGAGGGACAAGGUCAAGGAGCCCAGGGCAGGCAGCUGCGAAACCAGCUUCACAGAGAGCAGGGAGCCCCCCGCUGGGCCUACGGAGCGGUCCACAGAACCUGGCCAAGCGGAAGAGGAUGUCACCAUCCAGACUGUGUCCUACGGGGUUCAAGAGGAGCUCCAAGGCCAAGAGGACGACCAGGAGGAGGAGGAGGAGGAGAGUGAUGCAACCUCAACAGAGAGUGAAAGUGAAGACAACUUCCUUACGCUGCCUCCCAGGGACCACCUGGGUCUCACUAUCUUCUCCAUGCUCUGCUGCUUCUGGCCACUGGGCAUAGCUGCCUUCUACUUCUCCCAGGGGACCAGCAAGGCCAUCUCCAAGGGGGACUUCCGCCUGGCCAGCACCACCUCCCGCCGGGCCCUAUUCCUGGCCACACUCUCCAUCGCCAUCGGGGCUGGUCUCUAUGUGGCCGUGGUGGUAGCCCUGGCAGCUUACAUGUCCCAGAAUGGCCACAGCUAGUGGCCAAGAAGUCCUGGCGUCCCGACUCCCCUGCUCCGCCUGAGGAGGCAGGGGGGCUUGGGGUAGCAGACUCUCUGGGGAGUCCUGGCCCCUGAAGACAACUCAUGAGGGUGGCUUAUCGGGAGGAGGCCUCCCAGGCUGCAGCCUGAGGGGUGCAACCUUCACUUCUUCCUGCCUGUUGCAACCAGCCUAAAGCAGGGCUGGAAGCAUCACUCUCCAGCCCAGGCUAUGUUGGGAAGCAGGAGAGGGUAGGGCUGCCCACCUGGCCAUCCAGGCAGGGCCUCCCUCUAGCUGGGAGCUCUCCCCAUUCUGCUUAUUUCCUAAAGGGUCUCCUGCCCUGCAAGCACCCCACUACCCGACUCUGUUAACCUCUCCACAGAGAAAGAACAGAUUACAGGGAGGGAAAGGAAUGCCUGGGGAGAAGAGGAGCUGAGCCAGUCCUUGCAGCCCACAGGAAUCUCCACCUGGGACACCCUGACCUUCCCCAACUCCACUCUCUGGCUCAUGAUGCCCAGACCUAAGCCAGCCAAGAGGGAAAUACAUAGAGACAUAGGGACCCCUUGGUCUUUCUGGUUCUGGAGGGUGCUUACCUCUCCCGUGGGCUUGUAAGACAGUGUAGAUUCUAGGUAGAGAAGGGACAUCUCGGGUGUAUAAACUCAGUACUUAGGGCAGGUUCUUGGAGCGUCUCUGUGCAGGAACGAAAGGCAGAUGAGAUGACACAAAGCCUGGAGGGCCCUGGAAUAGUGUUGCCCCUGUUCCCCCAACAUCCUUUUCUAGGCUCCUCCCGGGGGGCUCUGAGCUGGCACCAUCCCAAGUAGACAGAGAGAGAGUGCCAUCAGCCCAGCAGCCACUGAGCGCAGGACCCUAGAUCCAGCCCUGUGGGAACAUAGCGAGGAGACCCUGAGUAGUGAGUGAGAUGAGGGGAGGGACACAGGCCUGGCAUGGCAGCUGAGCAGCCCAGGAAGGCUUCCUAGAGGAGGUGAGCAAGGUCUAGAUGGAUGAGGAGAAUGUAUCUAAGGGGUACUAAGGGAUGACCCUUAGUAUUCAUGGGCAGGGAUGUGGCAGGAGCCUCCCAAGGAGGGUUCAAAGCUGUUUGGAUUAUGCCUAGAACAUCCAGGCUGGAGCCAAACUGCGGGCUCCACCAACUCAAGGAAGAGGAAGGUCAGGCCUGUGUCUCAAAGGCCAGUAAUGUUUUCCCACCUCUGAAUGCUGGACCCCUGGUCAGCCUUGGAGCUUCUUCACUGGCACCCCGGCUCAGAGCUGCUCUUAACACCCUCAACCUCUAGGAAUCCUCCAGAAUUCUAGAGACAUCCAGACAGGCAGGAGGAGCACAUUGUGAGGGCAGGCCUUUCAGAGUUCAAUCUAUGGACCUCACUGUGCACAAUCUGCGGACCUGGUCAUUCCCGUCCCCCACCCAGAGCUCGGGGCUAUGAAUCCACCAACUUGUCCCACCAUCCUCCCUAAUCCCAGGCGUUAGGCAGCCCUCCAUUCCCUGCAUCCCCUGAAGUCUCACAGGCCCAGGAUCAGCAGUUUUAAUGUCCCAUUAUUGUAUAUAAUUAUCCUUGUA